GCUAUGACUUUGCUGCUGUCCUGGAGUGGUUUGCAGAGCGAGUGGACCGUAUCAUUCUCCUCUUUGAUGCCCACAAGCUAGAUAUCUCAGAUGAAUUCUCAGAGGUCAUCAAAGCACUGAAGAACCAUGAGGACAAGAUGAGGGUAGUGCUAAACAAAGCAGACCAGAUUGAGACACAGCAGCUUAUGAGGGUUUAUGGUGCUCUCAUGUGGUCUUUAGGGAAGAUUGUCAAUACUCCUGAGGUGAUCAGGGUCUACAUUGGUUCCUUCUGGUCCCACCCGCUGCUGAUCCCAGAUAAUCGCAAGCUAUUUGAGGUAGAGGAGCAAGACCUCUUCAGAGAUAUCCAGAGUCUUCCUCGCAACGCAGCACUUCGGAAACUGAACGAUCUCAUUAAACGAGCACGGCUAGCCAAGGUUCAUGCUUACAUCAUCAGCUCACUGAAGAAAGAAAUGCCAUCUGUAUUUGGAAAAGAUAAUAAGAAGAAAGAGCUUGUGAACAACUUGGGUGAGAUUUAUGCACGGCUUGAGCGGGAGCAUCAGAUUUCACCAGGAGACUUCCCUAAUCUGAAAAAGAUGCAG